AUGAAUUCUACUACGAAAGAAGCUCUGGAUAGAUUUCAAAAUAUAUUAGAAAGAUUGUUAGAUAUCCUAAAAACAAAUGAAGAGAAUAUAGAAUAUAAUAAAAAUUUUGAUGCAAAAAUAAUUAAAAAGAAAAUAUUGGCAGAAUUUGAACAUGGUUGUAAAGAUGGAAAUAAUGACACACAUAUUUUGCUAAAAGUUUGGUACCUUUAUUAUCAAUGGGCUGGAAUUUGGAAAGUGCACCAAAUAGGGAUGAGAAUUGGAAAUCACAAUUUGCAACAGGAUGCUCUUUCUGCAGCCUCACCUCUUUUUCCAAGUGCCGGUAAAUCUAAUUAUGUAUUAGCGAUUGCUCAGCACCUCUCUACCUUAACCAAGUAUCCAAGAUUAAAUGAGAUUUUGCAAUAUGUUGGAGCAUUCAGAAUACCAAAGAACAAUGAUAAUAAAAAUGAAGAUCAAAAACCUGUUUGUUUUGGCUUUGAUGAAGCCCUUGAAACAUUCGAUCCAUUAUCUCAUGAAAUUUUUAAAGAUCUUGAAUCACCUGAAUUAUACAAAGAGGAGUAUGAGAGAUUGGUCGCAUGUUACAAAAAUGGUUUAGAGCGAAUGCAAGUAAUUUAUAAACAAGACGUGAUAAAGAUCAAAUUUCGAAAUGUACAAGGAAGACGUGCUUUAAAAAUUCAGAGAACAAGACACAAAGACUAUGCUGAGAAAAAAAAAACUGAGAGGAAGGCAAGCCACAAGUUGAUAAGCAGGAGUCCAAAAAAUGAAGAAAAAUACUUUUACAUGAAGAACAAAUACUGGUCUGUCUAUUAG